AUCAAACUUUCUCCAACUUCUAUUGCUCCACCUUUCACCAUUCCUUAAUCUCUACUUUAUCUCUCAAACCCAAAUCCGAAAACCCCUCUUUACCAACUUAAAAAUCCUAUUAACUAAUUCCAACAAUCAGAUGAUUCGAAUCAAACAAGAAGAGGCCGUAAGAUUUAUCCCGGCAAAUCAAGAACGAUGAUAACACAGAAACAGAGAAGAGCAGAGAAAAGUCUCUGCUUAAAAAACUACUACAAAUGGAUCCUCUGCUUUUCACUCACUCUCUAUUUUCUUGCUUCCUUCUUUGUCGAUCAUGACCAAGAAGACCAUCCUUUAUCUUCUUCUUCCCGAUCAAACCCUCUUCUAACUAACCCUAAACCAAAGCUUCUCGCUUCUCGUGCCGUGUUUGAAUCAAAAAUCCAUGAUAACACCCUUGGGUUUGCCCCUCAACGUCCCAACAUCAGAACUGAUGUAUUCAACAAUUUGAAAAUCUACGUCUAUGACUUGCCUUCCAAGUUCAACACAGAUUGGUUAGCCAACGACAGAUGUAGCAACCACCUCUUCGCCGCGGAAGUGGCUCUUCACAAGGCGUUGCUCAGCCUUGACGGGGACGUAAGGACGGAAGAUCCGUACGAAGCUGAUUUCUUCUUCGUCCCGGUCUAUGUCUCAUGCAAUUUCAGCACCAUCAAUGGCUUUCCAGCGAUAGGUCACGCGAGAUCGCUCAUCAAAGAAGCGAUCGGGCUCGUCUCGACUCAAUACCCGUUUUGGAAUCGAACUAGUGGCUCUGACCACGUCUUCAUCGCCACACACGACUUUGGCUCUUGCUUCCACACCAUGGAGGAUAGAGCAAUUGCUGAUGGGGUACCAAAGAUUUUGAGAAAUUCUAUAGUUUUGCAAACUUUUGGUGUUACUUUUAAGCAUCCAUGCCAAGAGGUAGAGAACAUUGUGAUACCACCGUACAUCUCGCCGGAAAGUUUGCACAAGACUCAAAAGAAUAUUCCGGUAGCUAAGGAACGAGACAUUUGGGUUUUUUUCCGAGGCAAGAUGGAGAUUCAUCCCAAAAACAUCAGUGGCCGUUUUUAUAGCAAGCGAAUAAGGACGAAAAUAUGGAGGAGUUAUGGUGGUGACCGGCGGUUUUAUCUCCAGCGACAAAGAUUUGCCGGUUACCAGUCAGAAAUCGCUCGUUCUGUUUUCUGUUUGUGUCCUCUCGGGUGGGCCCCAUGGAGCCCGAGACUUGUUGAAUCGGUUGCUCUUGGCUGUGUGCCCGUUAUAAUUGCCGACGGGAUCCGUUUGCCGUUCCCUUCUGCCAUGCGGUGGCCGGAAAUAUCUCUCACGGUGGCGGAGAAAGAUGUUGGAAAGUUGGGGGAGAUUUUGGAACACGUGGCGGCUACUAAUUUAUCUAUUAUACAGAAAAACCUGGAGGAUCCAUCUAUUAGGCGAGCCCUUAUGUUUAAUGUUCCUCCGAGGGAGGGAGAUGCCACGUGGCAAGUUUUGGAGGCUUUAUCAAAGAAGUUGAGUAGGUCUACUAGAAGGUCAAACGCUUUCAUGUAAUGCAGUUCACUAUAUUUUUGACAGGUGUAUAUUAUUGAAAUUUUUUAAAAAUCUUUAUAUUUUUU